AAGUUUGAAAUGACCUUCAGUUUACUGUACGCUUCUAAAGGAACUGAAACAACAGUGUAGAUAGACAUAACAACAGUGUAAAUAGAAAGUUUCCAUACUUACUUUAGAAAAGAGGAAGCUUUUCUGCAGGGACCCAAGUGGUGAGAUGAGCUAAAAGAAUAUAAUAAUAAUAAUGUAAAUGCUUCUCUACCUCAAAAUAAGAAUAUUGUGUGUAAAAAUUAAUAAAGUGUUGACUUUACUAGUUUGUACUUGAGAAAGGAUUUUCAAUAAACUAAGAAGCUCAAUGUGUGAUUAUUUUUAUCAACUUGAAAAUAUCAAACUUUUUUUCUUGCCAAAUUGUCAACCUAAUCCAAAACUGUUUGUGCACCAUUAAGAAGACAGACCACGGUGUACAAUCUAAUGCUCAUAGAUAAAAUAGAAACAAGUACACGAAUACUAAAUAAGUACAUAAACAAACAAUUAGGGAAUUAAACAAGUAAAGAGCGAGUCUACUAAAUGUGUUGUAAUACUUUAAAUUGGCCACAUGGGGGCGCUGGAACGCCGCAGCUCACCUGGACCAACAAAUUAGAUCAAUUAUGAGUUGCCUGAUUUUAAAUGGUUUCUUUUCUCUUUAUUUUAUUUAUUUAUUUAUUUAUUUUGUCACAUAAGUUCUAUUUCACUUUGAUUCACAGUGAUGUUUUGUCGUUUUCUGUAAACGGGAAAUUAUCCAUUUAUUCCCACCUCUUCGGAGCGCGCGCGCGUGUGCGCACAGAAAUGUAGGAAGUAACUUGAACUUUUUCGAGACUAAGAAGAAACUACGUCAAAUGUCUCGGUGAAGCUGAAGAGCAGGAGGUAAAACAAGACGAAGGAAAGUCUUGAGGAAACUAUUUCACCACCAUGGAAAACUCUUCAUAGGGACGUCAAGUUUCCGGGUUUCACCCUUUUUUUUUUUAUCCUGGGGAAUUUCAGAUGAAAUGAGCCACUUCUUGGACAGAAAACAGUGUAAGUUAUGCUGAGGCCCACCUCCGAGUAUCAGGAUGAACACUACGCAUGGAGCUGGGACCCCCAAGCCAGAUGAGGAGACUCGUGUUGUGCAGAUCUACCCCACACUGCUCCAAGAGCCAGAAACCCACUUUCCCCUGCAGCUCGGCAUCAGGGACACGGCCAGGACGGUCAUCCGCAACGCCGUGGUCACCCUGGGCCUGGACUCCAGCCUGAGGUACGGGCUGCUGGAGGUCAGGGAGAGCGGCGAGCGGGAGACGCCCCUGGAGGAUGAGGACUGCCCUCUUUUGCGAGUCCUACUGUGGCCCCCAGAGGCGCAGAAGUGGCACCGCCGGAGCCUCGGCUACUACUUCGCCCUGCAGCGGAAAGACGACGACGCAGCGAAGCGAUUAGAAACGGACCUGGAGGACUCCGAUGACCUUUGCAACCUCUCCACGGUGACCGAGGACACGGUCCUGCAGGUCUUACGCCGGCGCUUCUACAAGCGUAAAAUCUACACCUACAUCAGCGACAUCCUCGUCGCCGUCAAUCCCAAUAAGUUCCUACCUCAGUACUACAACCCCAAAUAUGUCAAGAUGUAUGAGAAGCAGCCGCUGGGCAGACUGAGCCCUCAUAUAUUUGCCGUAGCCGAUGUGGCCUUCCGCGCCAUGCUGAGCAGGCAGGUGAACCAGUGUAUCGUCAUUUCUGGUGAGAGCGGCUCGGGGAAGACUGAAAGCAGCAGCUACCUUAUUCACUGCCUGACAGCCAUCAGCCAGAGGACCUACUCCAACAGGCUGGAGCGCACCAUCCUCGGGGCCGGGCCCGUAUUGGAGGCUUUUGGCAACGCUAAGACAGCUGAGAAUAACAACUCCAGCCGCUUUGGGAAAUUCAUCCAGCUCAAUUACCUGGAAAGUGGAGUCAUCAGAGGGGCAGUUAUCGAAAAGUUUCUGCUGGACAAGAGCCGCCUGGUGUCCAGAGAUAAAACUGAUAGGAACUACCAUGUUUUCUACUACCUGCUGAUGGGCGCAUCCCAGGACGAGCGGGAGGAGUUUCACCUGUCGAAGCCGCAGGAUUAUUUCUAUCUCAGCCAGGAUGAUCUCAGUUCAGUUGAAGGGGAAGAGCUUGGACAAGAGUACAAGAGGCUCCAUCAAGCUAUGGAGAUGGUUGGCUUCUUGCCCUCAACUAAGAAACACAUAUUUUCCAUCCUCUCCGCCAUUCUGCAUUUGGGAAAUGUGACAUUCACUUUAUCGAAGGAUUCUCAGGUCCUGGAGGCCGGACCUGCAGACGUGCUAUCAACACUGUCAGACCUGUUGAAGGUGAAAGAAGAACUACUGGUAAUGGCUUUGACCGAAAGGAAACAAGUGACAGCCACCUCCACUGUAACUUCACAGUACACACUACAAGAGGCAGUUUCAUUGCGGGACUCCAUGGCCAAAUCUUUAUACGGAGCUCUGUUUGACUGGAUCAUCCUUCACAUCAACCAUGCACUGCUCAACAGACGAGACAUGGAGGAGUCCGUUUCAUGUUUGUCCAUUGGUGUCCUGGACAUGUUUGGGUUCGAGAACCUCCAGACAAACAGUUUUGAGCAGCUGUGCAUCAACUACACCAAUGAGAAACUGCAGCAUUACAUCAAUCAAAACAUCUUCACAUACAAGCAAAAAGAUUACAUUGCAGAAGGUAUAACCUGGCAAAACAUCGACUUUAACGACAACCACGACUGCAUUCACCUGAUCAGCAGCAAAUCUGUCGGACUCUUUACCUUACUGAACGAGGAGAGCAAACUCCCUCAGGCCACAGAUGAAACAGUGUUGAACAAGUUCAAGCAGCAGCAUCGGGACAACCCUCUCUUUGAAGCGCCUCAUAGAAGAGAGUCGACCUUUGCAAUCCAGCACUACGCUGAGAAAGUUAAAUAUCACAUCAAGGAUUUCAUAAAGAAAAACACGGAGCACAUGCGUCCUGAAGUCGUCGCUCUCCUCCGGAGCAGCGAGCGCUCUUUCCUGCAUCACUUGGUCUCCUCCAGCCCAGAAGCCCUGUUCAGGUGGGGCAUCCUCCGAGCGACCAUCCGCAUCAUCUCCGUAUUCAAGAAGAUGGCACGGCAGAAGGCAGAACCGAUCGCUGCUAGACGAAGAUCAAGCAAAUCACUUGAAUACAACAAAUGGCGCAGCAGCCGAAAAGACAGACUAUCAAGCAGCAGCAUGACUCUGGAUUUCUCCUUCGAUCAUGCCGACGAACAUCCUCUGGAUUUCUUUGGGGACAUCUUUUCCAGUUACGAGCAGAGAAGAAAAAGUAGAGGCAGUCGGCACAAGCAGCUGAUCCCAAAGAACCUGAUGAAUUCCCAUUCACUCCAACAUGUUGCUGGUCUUACGAGGCACGACAGAACCAGCAAAUCCAUCUUCCACCCUCAAAGGCGAGAAAAGCUGCCCACAGUUAGCGCUCAGUUUGAGACCUCUCUCAGAAAAUUGAUUCACACCAUUGAGAGAGCAAAGCCGUUCUUCAUUUUCUGCUUUCGCUCCAAUACAGAAAAGAAAGAGCUGUACUUUGAUGAUGAAGUUGUGCUGAAGCAGCUCAACUACACGGGCAUUCUGCAGAUGGUUCGCAUGCAGAAGGCUGGCUACAGAGUUAAAUACUUGUUUAAGGAAUUUGGGAAGAGGUUCAGGAUUUUGCUUCCGAAAGGAGCGACUGGUUCUCCAGAGGUCAUAACUGAACUGUUUGAGAGGAUGGGUUUGGAUAAGACCAGCUACCAAAUAGGAAAAACCAAGGUUUUCCUAAAAGAGAAGGUACGACAGUUGCUUCUGGUCACUCUGAACGAAGAAGCGAUGCGUCGCAUCAUCACCCUGCAGCGCUGGUUUCGCGCUUGUCUCAUAAGGUCGCACUUCCUGCAAAAGAAAGACGCCUCACUGAUCAUUCAGAGGUGCUGGCGGGAGUUCCAUGAGAAGCAAAACCGAGCUGCGACGGUGAUCCAAACAGCGUGGCGUUCAAGUUCCACCAAGAGGAGAAACCAAAGCGAAGGGGAGGAUGAAAACGACCCCAACACUCAGUCUGUAUUAGUCAGCUUGGGUAAAAAGCAGUUGAAGAGGCAAGACAACCUGGAGCAGAAUUCCAACAAGACCCAGCAGUCUGAGCAAGCCAACAGCCCGUCCACACAGGGCAGGAGCAUCCUGUCCCCACCGUCCCUCAGCAGACCCUUCUCAGUCCCACUGGACUCCACAGCUGGCAGCAUUUUAUCCACCAAGUCCUCCACAGACAGCUCGAUUCAGCACUACACAGACGUGAAGAUAUGGAGGGAAAAACUUAGUGAAGGUGAUCUGACAGACGAACAGAGUCCUGAAGUACAGCGACGGAGGAAAAAAAGAGACGAUUUUUAUCGCACAGGGAAGGCGAUGUCUGCUGAUGAACUGUCCAAGACCAGCUCCUCUGAAUCUGAAAGCUCUCCCUCCACAGAGAUAUCAGCAGAACCUGAUGGUUCCAGGUACAGCCUCCCAUCCAGGACCUCCCUCGAGGACUCGGGACAUCAAGGCUCUAACCCGUCCAACGAGUCACAAGUCACAACCCCUGAUAGGGUUUCGUUUCUUGGUAGAUUUCUGAAGAAACGGACUGCUAAACAUUCCCCGACCAGUGACUUUCCAUCAGAUAAAACAGUAACGUUGCCACGCUACACGCCACAAUCUUACCAAAGCCUAAAUCAGAACAGUGGGAGGGUCAAACGUAACCCCACUAUCUGUAUCAGCCGGGCCACUCGAGCCCUGCAGGGGAACGCGUCUCUGGACCGAGAGAUCACCGAUCCCAAGGAGCUCCGACUCCUUGAUGAGUUCCUUGGGAAUAAGGUGAAUGAGCUUCAGUCGAGGAUAAAAGAGCUGUCUCCAACAGAGAUGAUAUUCCUCAACGCCACUAAAGAGUUCAGAGAAACUAUUAAAAGCAUGUACCCUGUGCACAAGUAUCAAGUGGGUUACAAAGAUCUGGUGAAUAGUUAUCACAACACGGUGAAAGCUCUCGCAGGACCGACAUCAGAGGUCUCCCUGGUCGUCAACUUGUUCCAGACCGUGCUAGACGGCUUCAUCAGGGGUGAAAUAAAACGAGCCGAUUCUGAAACGUUAAAGACGACAAAGAAGAAACGGAAAAAGGAAAAGUGUUUUGACAGUCCUCUGGAUCACCUUUUCAGCACGUAUCAAGUCAACAUUAUGCAGUCAUGUGACUUGUGUGGCUCCUACAUCUGGGCAAUGGAGAAAGCUUACAUGUGUAGCGCGUGCAAGUUAAUUUGUCACAAGAAAUGUCUGAACAGAAUCAUCACAGAUUGCUCAACGCGGCGCGCCAGCCAGGAUAACAGUGUACCAGGCUCCCACCACUUUGGGGUGCAGGUGUGUGUCCUGACCAGUAAAGUCAACCCCGUGCCCCAAGUGUUGGAGAUGUUGCUGAUGCACGUGGAGCUGAACGGCCUCUACUCUGAAGGCAUUUACCGCAAGUCGGGUUCAGCUUGUCGAGCGCGGGAGCUCCACCAGGUUCUAGAGACCAAUCCUGCGAAAGCUUCAUUGGAUAACUUCCCCAUCCACACCAUCACAGGCCUCGUUAAACGUUGGUUCAGAGAGCUGCCCGACCCCCUCAUGACUUUUUCUCUCUACAGCGACUUUCUACAUGCUGUUGAGCUGCCAGAGAACGCUGAGAAAAUAAGGGCCGUGUACCAAAAGAUUGACGAGCUUCCUCCUGCUAAUUACAACACUUUGGAGCGGCUAAUCUUUCACCUUGUCAAAGUUGCAAAGGAAGAAAAGUACAAUAAGAUGACGCCAAGCUCGCUUGCGAUUGUGUUUGCCCCUUGCAUCCUGCGCUCACCUGAUACUGACGACCCCCUCCUCUGCAUGAAGGAUGUACCCAAAACUACCCUCUGUGUGGAGAUCCUGAUCUGCGAGCAGUUACGGCGUUACAAUGAGAAGAUGCAGAACAUUCAGGAGCUGGAAUACGCAGAGGCUCAAGCUGUCAACAAGCUCAAACUGAGGAGACAAAACACGAUCUUGGAGAAGCCCACAGAGCCGAAUGCUCCUUUACAUCCUGACGAGUUUGAGAUCACCCUCAUCGAAAGGAUCAAAUCAAUCAAGCAGGAAAAGGUUGAUAUGAUCUGCGGUUUAACAGACAUGGAGCACGAGCACUCUGACAGCGAGGUCCUGGACGACUCCUCAUCAAUGAGCACAGAGAGCUUGGACCUCCUGGGGAGUCUGGAAUCGGAAGGAUACUUGAAAACUCAGAAACCUGACUUCUCUCAUAAGCCUGCUGAUCUGGUGCAGAGAGUUCGAAACGUGAUGGCUGAGACGCACACUGAACAAAAAGAGCUUGCCUCGAGACACAGCACUAAUGUUCCUCAGACCACGAGUCAAGAAGCUUCUUCCACAACCAGCAACCCCCAGCUGGCCAACAAGACUUUUAAUGGGAACAUUAAUGACUUGGACAUCCCUUACAUUGAUGAGGACGAAGAUUAAAGUUGACACUAAAUAACAUAAGCUGGAAAAUUCUAAAUAUUCCUACUGUUUGUGUUUUGUGUUACCAAAGAGUGCACUUUGUUUUUACAGACUUUUUGAAUUUGUCGUUGCUGCUAAAGAGACAGAGUGCUUUGAGAGCUUGUAUGUUUUCUUGGUCUUUAUGAUGGAUCCAAAACAAAUCAUGGUCACCUUAUUCGCACUCUGAUUUUAAAUAUAUGUUAGAGUUGUACAGAACACUUUUUAUAAAAGAUGAGUAUUUUGAACCAACUGGGAAAAACCCAACAACAUAAUAAGCAAGGAGCAAUUAAAUAUACAUGUAUCUUGUCUUUACUAAACAAGACACUGGUUUCAAUCAUCAUGAAACAAAUAGGAGUAUAUAAAAAAAAAUCUUAUAAUUGUAGUUUGACUACUUUACCCUUGACUUUGCAUUGAGCAGUGUUACACUGCAAUAGGAAUCUCAUCGGAAAAUCAUUAGGUUGCUUUUUUUUUUUUUCAUUUUGUCCAUACAUUGUUAAACUGAUUUAAUCUGAAACUUGUGUAAAAUAUUUUCUUUUUAGAUUGAGUAUUUUUCUGACAAGGGUGUGUGCUUUUUUUGUGCGUCAGUACAUUUUUUAAAGUGGGGAUUAUGCAUGUGGUGAACCUCAUGUCACCAGCUGAAAUAAAUGAACAUCUUACAAGCAUCUGUUUACUAUGAUACUGUUCAUACACAUAAAAAGAAAAACUAACGUUUUUCACACAUAAAUGAGAAUAUUUACAUGUUUUCCAAAUAUGUAAUCAAAUUACAUUUGGGCAUUUGUACCUAAUUUUUUUUAAAUUCUACCUAAUUUCCCUCUGGGAUCAAUAAAGUAUUUUUGAAUUGAA